AUGCCCGACAAAGACGCCGGCACGCCCCGUGUCUUCCUCUACCGACACGGCCAGACCGAGUGGUCCAAGAGCGGACGCUACACUGGCGUCAGCGAGCUGGACCUCACCACCGAUGGCGAGCAGCAGGUUCUGGCAUCCGGCAAGAUGAUCGUGGGCUCGGGGAAACUCAUCGACCCGGCCAACCUUGCCCACGUGUACAUCAGCCCUCGCCGGCGAGCGAUGCAAACCUUUGAGAUUGCGUUCGACGAAGCCGACAGGCAGGCGCUGAACGAUGCGCACAAGGUUUCCGAGACCGAUCGGUUAUCUGAAUGGAACUACGGCCAGUACGAGGGGCUCCUGACCCGGGAAAUCCGGGCUUUGAGAAAGGACCAUGGUCUGGACGCGGAGAGGCCGUGGGAUAUUUGGCGCGACGGCUGCGAAGACGGAGAGUCCCCGGAGGAGGUCACGGCUCGCAUCGACAGUCUAAUCGAAGAGAUCCGUGCCAUGCAAAAGGACAACAUGCACGGAGAGAAUCCUUCGGACGUUUUGCUCGUUGCACAUGGCCAUUUGCUUCGUGCCUUUACCAAGCGCUGGCUUGGAUAUCCCAUGGAAUUCAAUCUUUCCCUGAUGCUCGAGCCUGGCGCCGUGGGUGUCUUGAGUUACCAGCAUCACAGCAUCGACGAGCCUGCUCUGCUGGUCGGAUAUGGAUUCCCACUGCAGGAAUGA